AUGAUAACCAAUAACUCCCUUCCAUUCCCAGAUGUCCUCAUCACAAAAUCCAAUUGCUCCUUCACCCACACGGUCUACAGGAAACCAACACAUACAAACAGAUACUUCAACGUAAACUCCCACCACCAUCCAGCACAAACCAACUCCGUCUUGAAUUCUUUUAUCCAUAGAUCUAUCAAGCUCGCAGACCAUCCCAACAAACCACAAGAGCUAGCCCAACUCAAAUCAGCUCUUCUUCAAAAUGGAUUCACAAACCAUCAAAUUGACAGAUCCAUCCGUCGUCAACAAACUUUUUCGUCCAGUCCCAAAGAUCCAAAAGACCAAACCGUUCCCCACAAAGCAUUCCUUCCCUACAUCAAAGGUGUAACUGACAAAAUUGGCCGAAUUCUCAAAAAACAAGACAUAAAAACGAUAGUCACCGCCAACAAUCAAAUUUCCACAGUCCUCCGUUCUCCCAAGGGCACGGUUGUCAAUGAAGCCUAG